CCGGCCUAGACACUAAGCCCUCCAAUUUUGCAGUCCCUGUUGUUUUCAAUUUGCAGCAUUAUAUCUAUUUCCAUAUUUGGGUCCAUCCGUUCUCCUCCCACAUAAACGUAAUCGUUAUAGAUCUUUGUCAGAGUCUCACUCAGUAUUUGCUACGCCAAUAAUCUUCUAUUGUAUUAUCCUUAUACCAUAUAUCAAAACUAUCUAUCACCUGUACCACUAAAUAUCUGCUACGUCUACUUGCUAUUGCUAUUACUAUUUACUAUUUCCUUCCAAUAUGAGCAAUAAUAGUAAUCUCAAUAGUAGCAGUUCUAGAAACACCUCACAGCAUAUCAAUAUACCCAGCCGUGGCAACAAUAAUAACAACACCAUCAAUGUGUUUGAGACUCCACGGUCGCCUUCCAGAUCCACACGCAGCUUGGAUCCACCCAAGCUUAACGAUGCUCCCAUAUUGCCGUCGACUUCUCCAAGACGUCGCAACAAUAAGUCUAUAUUCAGCGAUAGAUAUAUCCCCAAUAGAACGGGCAUAGAUCUCCAAGCAGCAUUCAGCUUAUCCAACGAAGAAGUGAUACCUGAUCUUCGUAGUAACAAUGCUGACAACGAGAUCGAAAUCCGUAAAGAAGAAGAAGCUAACCGGACGUUUUCGACGGUGUUGAAGGCAGAGCUAUUCGGCGAUAAUGUUCCGAUGGCCACAGCCAACUUGUCGUCAGGACUUUCGAGCUCUAGGAAAACUUUAGGAAAACCCAAUACGAUUAGGCCGAGCAGUUCAAGCAACGGUUUACAAUCGUCAACUCGUUCCAUCGCUGAUGGUGGCACUGGCUCUUCGGGAUCAACAUCCAACUCUCACAACGACAGCUCUCCAAGUAGUAACAACAACAAUGGCAAUACCAUUAACGGAGGCUCUAAUUUACACGAUGUAGACGAUGUCACGAGAACUCCACGUAGAAAAACGAACCUUUUUACCUACCAGUCACCCCAAAAAUCACGGCCUAUCUCGCGUGAUCUCCAGCAGGAGCUCUACUCGUUGUCUCCGGUGCGACAGGAAUCGCAGAAACUUCUACUUUCUCCACAAAAGAAACCUCGCAGUAUCUCCAAAGUGCCGUACAGAGUCUUGGAUGCUCCUGAGCUAUCUGACGAUUUCUACCUCAACUUGGUUGAUUGGGGUCAACAGGACAUUUUGGCAGUAGGCUUGGGUGACAGCGUGUAUCUCUGGGACGGAGCUACUCAAUCAGUAGACCGUCUCUGCAAUCUAGCUAACAAAGAUAAAGUCACCAGUUUGAACUGGAUAGGUUCAGGAACCCAUCUCGCAAUUGGCACUUCAAAGGGUCUAGUAGAAAUCUGGGAUGCCACCAAAAUCAAAUGUGUUAGAACCAUGACAGGUCACAGCUUGCGUGUGAGCUCUUUGGCAUGGAACGAACACAUACUAUCCAGUGGAUCUAGAGACCGAAGCAUCCUCAAUCGAGACGUCAGAGUGGAAAACCACUAUGUCAACAAAUUUGAAAGUCACAAACAGGAAGUCUGUGGUUUGAAAUGGAAUGUAGAAGAGAACAAAUUAGCCAGUGGUGGCAACGACAACAAGCUCUUUGUUUGGGAUGGUUUGAAUCCCAAACCGUUGCAUCAAUUCACAGACCAUAGUGCUGCUGUGAAGGCUAUAGCAUGGUCCCCCCACCAACGAGGCAUACUAGCUUCAGGAGGUGGUACAGCUGAUAAGACCAUCAAGACAUGGAAUACUCUUACUGGUAACUUAGUGCAUGAUGUAAAUACUGGCUCGCAGGUCUGUAAUUUAAUCUGGUCCAAGAACUCCAAUGAAUUGGUUUCUACCCAUGGCUAUUCGAGGAAUCAGAUCAUAGUGUGGAAGUAUCCUUCUAUGCAACAAAUAGCCCAAUUGACAGGACACACCUAUAGAGUCUUGUACUUGUCGUUGUCACCAGAUGGCGAGACUAUUGUUACUGGUGCUGGGGACGAAACUUUACGGUUCUGGAACGUCUUUGAGAAAAACAAACAAAACGAGCCUCCGUCUUCGGUGUUAUUGGAUGCAUUUCUGCAGCUACGCUAAUGAAUUGUAUAGAUCUUCAAGUUUGUAUGUGAUGUUCAGUAGUAAUGUUACAAUAAUAUACAAGGGAUUCAAGAGUGGACUAAUUCCACUCAAGAUGCUAUAAUAAGAGUUAU